AUGUUGCAGUUCAAGCUAGUUCUGUUGGGAGACUCGUCGGUCGGUAAGUCGUCAAUUGUUCAUCGCUUCGUGAAGGAUUCGUUCGAUGAGUUCCGGGAAAGCACAAUCGGCGCCGCAUUUCUGUCCCGUACCAUCAAGCUGGCGGACCACGACGACGCAAUGAUCAAGUUUGAGAUCUGGGACACCGCGGGACAGGAGCGGUACAAAUCGCUGGCUCCGAUGUAUUACAGGAAUGCGAACGCCGCGUUGGUGGUGUAUGACGUGACACAGGAGGAUUCUCUAGCAAAGGCACAGAGCUGGGUGAACGAAUUAAAGAGCAAGGUUGGUGACGAGGAUCUGGUAAUCUUCCUUGUUGGCAAUAAAUUGGAUUUGGUGGAUGAGGACUGCAAGCCGAGGGUGAUUGACAGCGAGGAAGCACAGGCAUACGCAGAAGCGCAUGGCUUGAUGUUCCACGAGGUUAGCGCCAAGACCGGCACGGGUAUCCUGGAUGUGUUCCAGGGGAUUGGGGGGAAACUCUACGAGCAGCGGCGCGAGUCCCUGGCGGCGCAGCCUCAGCAUUCCUCCAGUAUUCAGCUUCAGAGGCCAACCACGAAUGAUGCAACCUCUUGCUGCGUGUAG